GGCCGUUGGUCAACUCGUGUCAAACGGUCUUUCGCAACGCGAUUCAUACGUUCAUAUCUCGUUCUGGCGGUUAUCGCUUAUUCAGGCUCUGCACAUACGUCAUUGAAAUAUUUUUCUCUUAUCGGUCUGUCUGCCAUCAUUUCUACUCUCUCGUUCUAUAACAAUGUGUGUGCGCGUUGAGACAUUAUCUAAUGUUUUAGUUACUUGAAAUGGAACACUUAUACCGAGUGUCUCGUCAGAAAUUGUCGUGGUCUAUUCUCUGAGAUUCUUCCAUUAACUUGGGAAUUUUUAGCAAAAAUGUUACAUUCACGAAAUUAGCAGAAAUAUUAAAUUUUAAUUUACAAAGUUUUAUUAAAUUGAAAACUAAAAGGUUAACUAUACGUAAUAAGCAGGAAAAGAGAAUUUAUUCAGAGUGUGAACGCGAAUAUCAACAAGUGUCGGUAAGUCACGUUACACAUUCCGGUUUGUUUGGAGAGAAAAAGAGGAAACGAUUAUCUCGCUUUCCUUCCUAAGAGUCGUUUAUUUAAGUUUUACUCUUUUAGAAACUUGUUUCUCCUUAGUAUAUAGACGCUGGUGUUUCCAUAUUCAAUUUAAUUGUGUCUUGAAUAGGCCUCGAAGUAAACAGGCACGUUGGUAUGUCUAUGUAGACCUAUCUUACUAGUUGAAACAAUUAUCAUAGAUUUACUCGUGUUCAGAUUUUGAUUUACCGUUUUCUCUUCGUUGUGUAUAUUAAACAUCAUAGACACAUACAUCAUAGACUUGUGCUCCAGUCAUCGCAUCAUUGAUUCGAUAAAUUUGUUUGUACUUUGAUAAAGUAUGGCAUAUAAACAAGAUACGUGCAUUAGUGGUAAAGCUGCUAUAAGUGCAGAAUAUCGCGAGCCCGCAAAGAACCAUCUUGAAGAAUGACAGGACUAUGACAGGAGGAACUUGAAUGAGUGACAGUGCGCUUCUCAUUACGGGCUGUAAUCUCGAGUGGCUAGGGAGGCACACAACUGCAGUCGGCUGCGCCGACGAGUUCAGAAAGAUACUCGUGGAGGAGGAAUCCGGAUGCCCCGUCUCUUCGCCGGCGAUAAUUAUAAUUCGAUAGUCGUGGUCGUGCCGGUGAAUGUGCGAGCCAGUGAAAUCGCGUGAAAACAGUCGGUGAUCGUGUCGAUACGAAAACAAACCGCAGUGACACGUCGCUACGUGAUGGUCAUCGAUGUCGUUGGAUCAUUAGCCGAGAUUGUAUUAAAUAUCCAGAAUCAUGGAGAUACGCGUGCGAUAUUUGUACGCUAUAAUGCUGUGUAUAGCGAACAUGAUUCUGUAUGGUCUGAAAGUGAACAUUGCGACAGCCAUCAUUGGCAUGGUGAAGAAAAAGCCAGGUUUGCCAGAUUGGUCGGACGAAUGUCCGGAAUACGAAACUCCUGAAGCUGCCGUCACCGAUAUUGACGGCCCAUUCGAUUGGACGGCGAGCGAGCAAGGUCUGGUCAUCAGCAUAUAUUUUGCCGGUUACCUCAUUGGUAUGUUCCCAUCGGGAUAUUUGGCAGAUAGAUUCAAUACCAAGUACGUGCUGUUAACUUGCGUGCUGGCAAAUGCAAUCUUGACGAUUCUGGUGCCGGUCGUAGCGAGCUCAUUGUACACGCUAUACGUCGUAAGAUUUUUAACCGGCCUCAUGACCGCGGCGAAUCUUCCCAUUGUAAACGUUAUUCUGGGGAAAUGGGUUGUGUACGAGGAGAAGUCCAUGUGGAUCGGCAUCAUAUUCGCCGGAACGUCGAUCGGCACCGUGAUAUCUAUUCUCAGCUCCGGCAUGAUAUUAAAUUACGUAGGCUGGGAAGCUAUUUUUUACAUCCACGGAGCGCUACCAUUUAUUUGGUGCGUGGUGUUCUAUAUAUUCUUCGCCGAUAGUCCAGAAGAGCAGAAAUACAUAACGGAAGAGGAGAGAUCGCUCAUCGUGAACUCGUAUGGCCAUCGGGCGCCCAUAUCCUCAAAAAUGAAAGUCCCAUGGAAAAGUAUAUUUACGUCGGUACCAUUCCUGUCUUUGAUCGUUACCAAUACCUUGGGCAACUUUUGUUGGUAUUUCCUGCUCACCCAGCUGCCGCUUUAUAUGAACAAGAUAUUGCGAUAUGAUAUCAAAUCGAAUGCAGCUAUCGUUUGCGCGCCGUAUCUUGUAAAUGCCUUCACCAAUCCGUUAUUGGGCAGGAUUUUAGAUUGGGGACGGAGAAAAGGAUAUUGGUCGCAAACCACUGCCCGCAAAAGCGCGGUAUUUAUAAGUAUGAUACCAGCUAGUGUGUUUCUAAUCAUAAUCACGUACAUCGGUUGCGCACGUGUAACGUCGACGGUGUUGCUGACUUUAAGUAUAAUAUUCUCGGGUGCUAUAUUCGUUGGCCACCUCUGUAAUCAAAACGAUUUGGCUCCAAAUUACGCGGGAAUUCUCAUGGGUAUUACAAAUACCCCGGGUACCAUCUCUGCUUUUAUCUUGCCACCGAUAGUUGGUUCUCUCGUAGCGGAAGGACACACUAUAUUGCGUUGGAGAUACGCAUUUUGGAUUAAUAUCGUCUGCAGUGUCCUCGCUUUCGUGAUAUUUGUAAUUUUUGGAUCUGCGAAAAUUCAACCAUGGAAUUAUCCGAUAGAGGACGUUGAAAAUUGGGAGGACAACGGACAGCAGCAACAGGAGACACGACAAGAAGAAACAAAGACUUGAGGAUUGAGUCCGUGUUUAUCUAGUAUUAAUUUCUUAAAAUUCCAAGAGAACAUGCUUUUACGAAAGAUCCAUCUUAUCUACUACGUAGAUGAAGACGCGUUAUGCAAACAAAUCUCACAAAUACGUUCGUGUAAUUUCUCGGCGAAGAAUUAUAAGUGUCAAGAAUUUUGUAAUUCUUGUAAUUUUCGUCGAUACUUUAUAUUCGCAAAACCCGUAUUUUGUAACAUUUUGAUAUGUUAUUAGCAAUUUUUAUAAGCCUAUUUAGAGUAGCGAAUGUAAAUUAAUUAUCAGUUUAUGUGUUAUGAAUAUAUUAUAUAUUUUUUUAUGCACGUAGCAUCUUACAAUAUUGUAUUAUAUUGUACUUGAAGAAGAAGAACUUUAUGGUGAGAAUACACUUUGCGAGAUAUUGUCGGUGCCAAAACUUCUGCUGCCUUAUACGGGCAGUAAUUUUACUAGAUGUAUCGUGCAAAGAACUUAAUAUAGCAUCAAAUUAUUUUCUACA